AUGGACCAACCGAAAAACGUGCCCCCAACCGAUGGGAAGGAAAAAUCCUCCAUCCCCUCCAACAGCGGCAGCUGGUACUACCCAUCCAGGAACCAGUUCUAUCGCACAACUCGGAAAAAAGGCUACAACUACUCCAAAGAAGAAUUAGACGUGGCACUUCAAAUCCACAACGCAGUUAAUGAAGAAACGUGGAAACGAAUAAUGAAGAAAGAACAAAAAUAUUUCGACCUUUGCAAAGACCAGAAACUAAUCAGAUUCAUUGGGCUCCCAAACAAACUCUCCCUCAAAGCCUUCAUGCUUAACCUCAUGGGGUACAACAAACCGUUCGAUCGGCAUGAUUGGUACAUUGACAGGUGUGGGAAUACCAUCAAGUACAUCAUAGACUACUACGACGGGAAGAGUGACGAGCGAGCCCCCGUUUCUAUCUUCAUCGACGCCAGACCCCAAUUCAGCGUAAACAACAUGGUCGAUUAUUUUAAAAUGGUGUACAUUAAAAUGUGCAGGUAUUUCUUUUAG